AUGUCGGACAGAAGUCCUAGAGAGAUCUCUUACUUUUGGAAGGAUGCCCUUCAGAGGACUAUUUUCUGCGGCAUAAAUCCAGUCGGUUACCCAGCUUUCAAAAAUGGCCACUUCAAAAAAGCAAUCUUGGAGGAAAGCGAUCCACUCAAGUCUCUAGAAGGACUUAGAGACUCGAAGAACCUUAGUGAUGAAGAGAAAACAGUCGUUCAAAGCUUUAUCGAGUUAUCCAAACCUUUAUUCGAUAAUCUUACGUACAAUAUCCACAAUCCUCUUAAACUAGAGUACGAAGACCUCUGGAACGAGGUCAAAAAACUUGGUGAAAUUUUCGGACAUGACGAUUUUGAUUUCACGAAACAAGAGCUAGAAAUUGAUUACGAAUUUGACGAGAAUGGAGUUUUGAAAAGGAUGGUAACUGAUGGAGCAUCGGUAGAAGAGUUGAGACCCAGACUGUGGGAUCCAAAAUUUCACAAUUUCUUCAUGGCGGCAAGAGAUAAGCAGUCGCGGCCAAAUUCUUAUGAAUUUACUUCGAGUGACGCAGAAUAUGUUGAUGAACCUCCUGAUGAGAAUAGCUCUGGAAGCACAGAGAAUGAAACCAAUGAAAGACUCUUGAAUGAUUCAAACUUGGCGGCCGAGUGGGAUGAGAUAGUAUUUGGAAGCGGGGAGAGAGAAAUCGAUAGAAGGAUUUUAGAAGAUUUAAACGAGUUGGUAGAGCAGGAUGAGAUGAGCGUUCGAGAUGGGGCAAGGGCUGAGAACACUGACGAUGGUGAUGAGAUGGCUGCAGAUUUGUCGGAAAGUUUUGCUCCUCUUACACUGAUUGGCACGGAUGAGGAGACUCAGGAGUAA